AACUUAAUGUCAUAAAUUUCCUAAAAGUAAGGUUAGGUUUGAGUUCUUUUAUUACUUUUUUUGAGCAUUUUGUAAAUGUAACAAGUAUGUUGCGACGAGCAACUACGUUGUUUAUACAGAAUCGCGGAGUGAAUCAGUUAGUAAAACCCUUAGUAAAUAUAAAAUGGACAAGACCGGAAGCCAUUCCCGCAUAUAAGCCAGAAAGGUCCGGUGAUCUGGAAGGACUCCCACAAAUCCCUAGCAAUUCUUUAGGCAAAGAAUACAGUCUAUGUGAAGAAAUAAAAGAUGCACCAGAGUCAGUGAAAACAAUAUUCUCCAUAGAGCAUCUUGGAAAAAAAGAGUACAAUGUCCUGGUAAAAAAAGAAUUAACUGACAGAGUUAGAAGACAUGAGUAUGAUGAAAGAACUGCGGAGACCAGAAUUGCUAAGUUAACAGGACAUAUUCGGUGCUUGCAAGAUACCAUGGAAAAGUUUCCUAGGAAUGCCAAAGCUAAGCAAACUGUUCAAGAGCUCAUAGACAAAAGGAAGAAAUUGUUAAAAUAUCUACGUCAAUAUGACUACAAGAAGUUUGAAUGGCUGUUAGAGAAACUUAACAUUGAAUAUAAAGCACACCCUGAGACAUACCACAAAUUAACUCGGAAGGAAUCAUUGCGUAAGUUAACAGAAAUGCACUGUGACAGUAUUCGUCAAAGCAAACUGAGCGACUACCGAAACUUAUUAGAAAGUCAGCAGGGACCAUUUCUUACACAAAAGUUAGAUGCACUUAAGUUUAUUAGAAGUGAACAGACUGAAUUGCAACUUCCUAUCACUGUGACAGAGCAAGAUAUCAAGAAAGUGGAGGAUCAAUUGAAAGAAUGGAAAAUAAAAGAUGAACUCAAAGAACAGGCUAAGAAAAAGAAGAGAAAUAUACUUUUGGAUUGAAGUGAAAUUAUUUUUUAAGAGAAGUGGAUAUAAAUAUAACAAUUUAAUCAACAUGGUAGGGCAUAAA